AAUGGAGUCAACGACAGUUUUAGUGACGUUACAGUAAUUUCUGAGUCUAUUCAUAUUAUUGACUAUUCAUAUACUGUUGGUAAGUCCAUAACUAAAAGAUAUAUACCUAUGCCAGAAUUCAAGAAUAACGCUUUUGGACGCUGGAUGUUUUAUUGUAUAUACCGUAGCUUAUAACGUUGCCCCUUGUGGGCUUGAAAGAAUAGUAGGGACUGAAAAAUUUUAAAUCGAUUAGAUAUACCAAUGUGAAGUCAUGUUUAUAUUUGCCUUGUAAACUAAUAUGACCCAAUAUAUUUGGUUACAGUUAUAAUUAUUCAUGAAUAGAUGAUGUAAACUGUGUUCAUGAUAUUUACCAUUCGUUACUUGGUUGUAGUAUCUCGCAGUGACUGGUCCAAAAUACUACAAAGAUGGUUCACCAACAUGUCAGAUUUGCAUUGGUUGGAAGCUUUUUGUUGCUAAUUUCAUAUCAAGCACAAUCUAACAAAACCGUCGACGAAAGACUUUACGAGAAGUUGUUCACAAAUUACAACAACAGGCUUCGGCCGGUGCGCGUUGCUUCAGGCCCCACUACGGUAAACCUGACGAUGCGCUUUCGAUAUUUAAUAGAUGUUAAUGAACGUCACCAGGUAUUUAGUGGUGUUUCGUGGAUUUACCAGAUUUGGACAGAUCCCAGACUUAGUUGGGAUCCGCUUGAGUUUAAUGAAACAACAUUGUUUGUUGUAAAACUUACUCAAAUCUGGUGGCCACAUCUCAUCUACAACAAUGAGUGA